AGAAUCUUAAUAGAUAGAUACAUAUCAUUUUAAGUUAGGUAAAUAAAUAUAUAGAUAAUAGCUAGCUAGAUAGAUAAAAUGCAACUCAAUACUUAGCUAAAAUAGCAAACAUUUUCAAAGCCUAUAGUUUAUGGAACUAUAUCUUAUUCAUUAGGAGCAAAUAAAAAAUAAACUGACAAAAAUACUCAUAGAUGGUGCGCUUAUGUUAGAGGUCCUAACAACGAAGAUUUAUCUACUUUCAUUGAUAAGGUAGUUUUUGUACUUCAUGAGACUUUUACUGAUCAUCAGAGAGCUAUUACAAAACCUCCAUUUGAAGUAGUAGAAAAAGGUUGGGGUGAAUUCGAUAUAUUAAUUUAAAUCCACUUUAAAACUCAUUAUCCUUAGCUCGAGCUUGUCCAUAAACUCAAAUUUUAUGGAGCUAAAUCUGGAGGUAAUUCUUAAAGUACAAAGAAGCCUGUUGUUUCAGAAUUCUAUGAUGAAAUAGUCUUUGUUAAUCCCAGCGUUGAAUUUUAUGAUAUGUUAAGAGUUGAGAAAUAUUUAUAAAAUGAAGAAAAGCUCUCAAAGGAGUCAAAGGGUGAAGGUGAUAAUGCAUAAAUGGAAGAAGAGUAGCCAGCUGAAAAAGAAGAAGAAGAAUAUUAUGAUUGGAAAUAGCACUACUUGAAAUUUGAUGCUUAAGAUCACAAGUAAAAGUUAGAUGACGCUUUAGUAGUUAUAAAAGAACAAAAUGAAAAAACAAAAAUGGAUUUAGAAAAGUGUGAUAAAGAUAUUGAAGCAUUAAACAAGGAAAUUGAAUAAUUAUAAAAAGAACAAGAUUUAAAAUAAAAGAAGCUCUUAGAGGAAUAGCAAUUACAAUAGCAAUAAUAAUAGUAAUAAUCUUAGGAUGGAAAUUAAUUCUCAUAUCCAACUCCUAAUUUCUAAAACCCAUAAAGUUAAUCACAAAUAAAUGAAUUCCCUAACGAAUAGAUUAGAAGCAUACCUUCUACUCCUUCAAAUAUCCAACAACAACCUCCCAACAUACCUAUUUAAAACAUAGCUCCUCCACCUCAAAUGCAAAACUAAUAUAAUCCUCCAAAUUAGUAUCCAAUGGGAUAACCACCUGCAGCUCCCAUGCCAUAAUAAUAAGGACCUCCUCCUCCUUUAAACAUGAUGCCAAAUAGUUAUGCUCCUCCUAAUCCAAAUAUUAAAAUGAAUAACCCAUAUCAAUAACCACCACCCAAUAUGCCUAUGUGA